CGCGCUGUAAUGUUUAUGGCCGCGAUAAGAGCAGCAGCCCGGUGGAAGUUUAUAACGGCUCAUUAAAGAGUACGUUACACAGGGAGGACGCCGCGGAGUGAUACGAGUGUGUGUGACGAGGCUGCUGUUUGAAGAGGCGUUUUGCUCCCCGGUCCCCAAAAAACUUUUCUAAACGUUUUUAUUGCGGAUCCGAUCACAUUGCGACAUCAAAUGGUUGUGACCGAAGCCGGAGGAAGAGAUGCUCCACUAAUCUGAAACUAUUCAUUUCGCUGUCGGAGUUUUCUGCGUCGACAACGCACUUCAGUCAGUCCUUCAAAAUGGAGUUUCACCUUUUCUCAUCAUUGUGCUGUGUGACGCAUUUCUCAUAUUCUGACGCAUUGUUCGCAAUUCAGCAUUUCAACCAAAACAGUGAACAUCCAGGCGGCAUAGAUCCUUCUCAGGAAAAUUCUCCUCAUUUGCACAGUCGACCUCAGAAUUUUCUCUUUCCUACUGGCUAACGACGGCCAAUCCUAGAAAAGAGGGGAGGAGUUAACACGGACAUAGGACAUAAUUGAUUGGAUGACAGAAAAUUUUGACAUCUACCCACACACGACCUCAACUGAAUCGUCUCCUGGUUCAUCUAUCCCGCCUUCACCCUUGGAGCACGAUGUCCAGGUGCCCUCCGACUUGGAGGUAAUGACCUCUCUCCUAAAAGAGGAACUUGCUCAACUUGAGGAUUAUUACCUAUUCGAAUCGACACCAAUGAAAGUGGAGAAAUGGCAAAAAUGUGACAAAGGCUUACAAGCUAUGGCUGCUCAGUCGUACUACCAGUUCCCCUGUACUUCGUACAACGUAAACCAAUCCGAAACGAACCCCAGGCUUGUUACCCUAGCAACAGGGGAGCUCGACCUGAGAGGCUUCUGUGGGGGCUCGAUUGGCAGACCAAAAACGUCUAGACCUGCCCCUUACAGCUAUGUUCGGACCCACUCCAGUAGCCAAAGGAUCGCAUCAAAUGGAUGCAAAGACGUAGAAGUCUUUGAGAAAGAAACAUGGACUUUCAAAGGGACUCAUUCAGGUUACGCAGAGAUGGCUUUUGACCAGUGCUCUGUUGACAAAUUUUUUGGGAAGAACCAUGCCAGUGCAAAGAAGGUCAGAGAAUGUGCUAUAUUGCUAAAGGAAGAAGAAAAAAACUGUUUUACGGAAGAUGUUUUUUACAGAGCAGAGAUGAUGAAAAGUUUUGAUAAUGGUGCACCUGUGGACACUCACCACAAGAGAGAAAGCCAGGUUCAUGGAAUGAAGAUGGGUGGUCAUGGUCAUGAUGGUGUCGCAAUGCCAGUAAUGCACUGUGGUGAGAAUGGAAGCAGUCCAGCAUUUAAACAUUCAGAAGUAGCUGAAUGUUACUUCAAUCAGAUCACUGCCAAUUUAGAGCCAUACCAUGGCUUUAUGAAUGAGGUAGAUCAAUCAGUCAGAACUGGGGCUGUUGAUUCCCAGAAUAGUGGUUACUCACACCAUGAAUGCCUUGUAGAUCAAAGCUUUGAAUGUCUGUCAGGAGACAGUGUCAGAUCUUUGGAGUUUCCAGCACAGAAACCAAUGCACAGGCCAAGAGAAAACUCAUGUGUGUUCAAGCCAGACGUCAAAGUAGGUUCAAUGGAAAGAAAUCACGGAGAACGCAAACAGAAGAAAAGAGACCAGAACAAGACGGCAGCUUACAGGUAUCGUCAGCGUAAGAGGGCGGAGCAGGACUGCUUGGAGGAGGAGCUUCAUGAUUUGGAGGGGCGAAACAGGGAGCUACGAGACAAAGCAGAAUCCGUAGAGAGAGAGAUACAGUACGUCAAAGACCUCCUAAUUGAAGUCUAUAAGGCUCGAAGUCAGCGCUUGAAAGAGGAUUCCAGUGCCUAAAUCUGUUUUCACCACCAGCAUUAAAAGAUCAGCUCUUUCUGCAAGGACUUUCUAAUAGGAUCUGGCAGCAUGCUUUUGAUGUUCCAAGUAGUCGGCGAAGCUCAUGAAUUUCGUUCCUUUUUUUUUUCUGCUUAAUCACUGGAAGAGCAGGCCAUACGAUGUAACGAAGGACUUUAAAUGUCUUGGAGCACUGUGAUAAUAGCCUUGAGCUGUAACAACUCUAUUCUAACAAUAGCAUUAAAGAGAUUAUGCAUUCUAUGAACCAUUAUGAUUCCGUUGAGUUUUCAACUUUAUAUUACAUUGCUCUGUGCGAGUGAAAUUGUUUGUACCAAAACAAGAGGAACAACCAGCUACUCUACAUAUGCUAGCUCUGAAAUGUAUUUAUUGUGAUCAUGCUAAAGGGUGGGGCGUGGUACAGCUUAGUAAUACUUUUGACAAGAUAACAGCAAGUUAUUGUUAAUUUUGUAUGCUGUAACUAUAAAGAGCACUGUAAUGUUGAGUGGCCGAUCACGUCAUUUGCUUAUUUCAUUACCUUUUUUGUAUGUUCACAUUUUAUUUUAUGUCACAUUCAUAUUCUUGUACAUACUUUUUGAUUGUAGCUUAUGUACUAACGUAGGAUGCAGGAGACCUUUUUCAAUAACAAAAGCUUUUUUCAAUAACAUUGAAAAUACUGUACAUUAUCAACCAAUGUACUGUGGUUUAUAGCACAUGAGUAAGAUUAUAGACUUCUUGGUGACUUCACUGGCUCAGGUACUGAAUGCAUGUCCGAAAUACUGAAAAGCAUGUUGGGUUACGAAUUAACUGCAUGACCCAGUAUAUGACUGCUUUGUGCAUUAUGAUAGCAAGUAGACUUUAUUUCUGCCUUCAAUCCUCUUAUUGUUAUUUACUUGAUAACAUCAUGCACCAAAAAAUAUUUGCUUAAUUUCUGAGGCAUGGAACUGCAUCAGUUAGUCAGUAUGAGGGAUUUGUUUGCUUUCUUGUGCAGGUUUGCGGCAAACAAUCACUGUCAUUUGCUAAAGAAAAAAAAACCCUGUAGGCCUAAUGUCAUUUAUAUCUUUAAAUAUUCAGGUGCACAUUAGGCCUACUUUAUAAAUAAGCCAUGCCUAACAAAACUGAUUGCAACAUGAGCUCAUGCACAGUUAUUUCUGCAGGAAAGUCUGUGUGUGGUAACAUGUAUGUGUAUUGGAAUCAAAUGGCACAAUAAACGCAAACCAAAUUAA